AUGAGCAGCAGAUCUAGAGAUACCGGUCGACACUAUGCUUCUGGAAGUGCUAAGCGUAAAGCAAAAGACGAAAAGGAAAAAAAGAACGAAGCUGUUUUAUCAAAAACACGUAAGCUGUUCGACUUUUUUAAUGUUCAGAGUGAUGUUGCUGAAUCUACUGAAAAUAAAGCAAAACAUACAGAAGUUGCAUCUCAUUGUACAUAUAAUAGUGGUACUACUACUGUUUCUAAUGAAACUACAUUUUCUACAAGUGAUGCUGUAGCUGAAGAGACAGCAAUUCCUUCUAAUUUAGUUAUAUCAUGCUCUAGCCAAAGAGAAGUUAAAAGCACAGCCAGUACUCUUGAUCCAGAGCCGUCAUGUUCAAGCCAAAAAGCAGUCGAUGGUAUAUUAUUGCAUGAUUUCACUACAGUUUCAAGUCUAAAACAAAACGAAAGUAAAAUAUACUCCAACGAUAUUGGUGAAUGGCCGAGCAACUUCGAUAGAGAUUAUUGGAUUGCAAAAGGAAGCAGCGAACUGCAACAUAUGGAUAGCGAUUUUUUGUCUUCAAAGAAAAUUUACGAAAAAGAAAAUAAGCCACGAUUCUGCCAAAAGUCCUUUUUCCGCUAUAAACAUAAACUAACGAAUAAAACUCAUGUCAGAGACUGGUUGUGUUAUUCGGAAACCAAAGGACGACUUUUCUGUUUUGUUUGCAAAGUUACGAAUUCAGAUACUUCGUCACCACGGUUUACGAAAGAUGGAUUAGAUGACUGGAAGAAUGCGCACAAUUUGUUGACAAGACAUGAAGAAAGCACUCCACAUAGACAAGCCAUAAUUUCGCUGUCGUCUGAUCAAGACCUUAACACAGGAUACGCCCUUUAUGAAACAGUAUAUGCCUACGUACAAGCAAUGCGAUCUACAUUUUCAGAUGUUGAGGCAAAAGCCAAAGAUCUGACCGACUGUGAAGAGUAUCAGCAACAGACUUCAAGACGAAGCAAGCGGAAUACAAAGUACGACCAUUUCACCGGCUCUACUACACUCGACAACUUUGUUGAAAAUCAAACACCUGGACAACGUUUUGAAAUUCAGGUGUUUAUUGUCAUUAUUGAUAACGUACUGUCUGCUUUAACUAAACGUAUGGAAGCAUAUCAUGAAAUUACUGGUGUUUUUGGAAUAUUUCGACAGCUAAAAUCCCUUACAACAGAAGAGAUUUUGGAAAACGCCUCACGUAUGGUCAGUGCUUACGAAGAUGAUUUGGAAAGUAGCCUAGGCGACGAAUUAGUGCAGUUCGCUGAACUGCUGAAAACAGAUGUGGCUACUGUUAUUGAUAGCAAGAAACAAGAGUCUCUGGAACUGCAAUUUUAUAAACUUUUAUUAAAUAAUUCCUUAGAAUCGUGUUUCCCAAACGUAGAAAUUGCCUUGCGCAUUUACUUGUCUCUCAUGAUCACUAACUGCAGUGGCGAACGUUCUUUUUCAACGUUAAAACGUAUUAAAAACGAGUUAAGAAACACGAUGGGCCAAGAACAGAACGCUCAUGCCAUCAAUAUUUUAUCUCCGUCUCACUCAUUACACAAAAAGGAUAAUAAUAUAGAAGAACGUGUACAAUAUAGUGCACACAACGACUUUGUACCUCUCAAAGACCUAAGUGUUACAGUGCCGUCUCCAGCUAUACUGUUAACUCCAUCUCAAAAACGUAAUAUUAACGUUUCUUCUCAAAUAUCUACCCCAGAUUCAAUAAGUCGUUUUUGCACAUCAAACAGCAGAUGUCCAUCUUUAGACAACAUUUCUUUAAUGCCUUUAGAUGAAACUGAAAUUGUGAACACAAAUAAUUUACAAUGCACGAAUUUAAUAGAAACAAAAGAUGUUGAAAGAACUUAUACAUUUGAGGAAGAAAACGAAGACACUGAUAUAAUUGCUAUCCAGAAAAAUAUCUCACAGAAAAGAACCAAUAAUGAUGUAACUUUAAACACUAACAAUAAUAACAUGAUUACGAUAGAAAAUGGAAUAAAAAAUACUACCACAGAAGAAAUGUUAGCUUUGCCGUUGAAUAAUAAGACACCAGAAAAACGUUUUGACCUACAAUUAAUGAUAGAAGAAAGAGGUUAUAUAUCUGAAUCUGUAAGUGAAGUUUCAUUUAGUACUACUGACGAAGAAAAUUUAUCAUUUGAAAAAAGCUCUUUAUCAUCGUCAGAAGAUAGUGACGAAUUGGAAGAUGAUGAUGAAUCGAGGAUCGAAAGUGAUUGGUUGCAUUCACAAGAACAAGGCUUUGAAGAAGAACCAUGGGUGAAUAUUACUGACGAAAUACCAGAUUUUGCAGAAAAUACACUUGACUGUAAAAUACUUUUACCUACAGACAAUAAAACACCUAUUGAAAUAUAUGAUUUAUUUGCAACCGAAGAAAUAACUAAUAAAAUGGUGAAAGAAACGAAUGAUUAUGCAUAG